UAAAGCCCACACCCACCCGGCGGUGCCAAUGGGCAGUUGUUACAACGCCGUUCAAUAACCGAAAACCGGGGAAAACAACGAAAAACAUCAAACCGCUGCCGAGAAGUCGGAGCGCUCGGCCCUCGGAUUGGGUUGUUGAUUAGUUUGCACAGUGCGAAUGGAGCAGGCGACCAGCAAACCAGCAUCGCCUGCGGCGGUGCCAGGAGACGAAGCCGUACAGCAACAGGAAACGGAUCCUCCGCCGAUACCGUGCAACAGCAGCAUUCCCAAAGUCGUCCACCAGCAGCAGUCAUCAGCAGCGGUGGCGGUUGCGCGUACGAUGGCCGUUUGCAGAAUCUGUCUGGCGAGUGGCGUCCGAUCGAUGGUGUCCAUUCACCGCCCGGUUCGGGAGUACACCGGAAAAACGCUGCUCAGUAUGCUGCUGACCGUGUGUAUGCCGCUCAACAACCGCCGUGACGCGGACGGAGGACUGCCGGAGAGCAUUUGCCACAGCUGCCAGUGGAAGCUGCUGUCUGCGUACGAUCUCUACGAGACCACACUGGCCAGCGAUGACCAGCUAAGGAACGCACGGGCUCGAGUGACCGAACCCGACGACCAGGCACAACCCGACAAGGGCGCUCUCAUGCUGAACCCGACGACGCUAGAGGAUUCGCAUCCCGCCAUAAAGAUGGAGAUCCCGGAUGACGACGAUAUGUACGAUGAUAUGUACCGUCCGGAGGUGGAACUCAAGAUGACCUCGCUGCAGGAUGACACGAACCAAAUGGAUGAGACGAUCGGUGCCGGUGGUGGCACUGCAAUGGAGACCGGCGAUCCCGGUGACCUACUGGACGAUUCCAAAUUUUCCAUCCCCGAUACGAAGGAAUCGUUCAUCGAUGAACACUACCAGUACGACACGCGCACGGGUAACCAUGUGUGCGGGCUGUGCAGUCAAGAUUUUCCCUACAAAAGCCAAUGCCGGGGUCACAUUGCGGCGAAACACAAUCCGGCCAAACCGUUCAAGUGUGACACAUGUUUCUGCACGCUGACGAGUCUCCAGCGGCUGCAGCGGCACAAGAUUGUGGCCCACGGAGAAGGCCAGAUCAAGCAGCAGGACGAAGAGCAAAACGAUUGUGCCGGCGAGACUACGUAUGUUUGUCAGAUUUGUGCCAAAAAGUUCAGCUCCUCGGUACGCUUCCGGCGCCACAAGAGUGUGCACGCCGUGCACAAGCGGCCGUUCAAGUGUGACAUCUGUCUGUACCGGUUCCCGAGCAAAUCGCAGCUCACCCAGCACGCCAAGGUGCACCGAGAGCCGACCGAGGGCCCGGAAGCGGAAGCGGGCCCCGUUUUGGGCUGUGACCAGUGCGAAGAGAUGUUCUCGGGCAAACGCUUGCUCACGAUUCACCAGCGGAAAGUGCACGGGCGGCCGGGCCGGACGGAUGACGGCCGGGAGCGAACCGACUACUCCUGCAUCAUCUGCAACGAAAGCUUUGCCCGGGAAAGCGUCCUCAAUACGCACAUGAAAAUGCACGAACUGUUGGCCGCGGAGAAGGACAAGGAGAAGCGGCUCGACCUGGAGCGGCUGGUGAAGCAAGAGUUACAGCACCAAAUGCAGCUCAGUGUGCCACCGUUGCCCCCGCUGUCGCCGGAAGUGCCAGACCAUGCCCACUCGGUGCUGGAACCGUUCGCCCUCGGUCUGGUGCCGGUUGUUAAAGAAACCGACGAGGGAGGCGCAGGUGACGGGGGUGAGGAUAGCACAGCAGCGCAACCUUCGGCUACCUUCGCCAGCAUCAACAACAAUAGUUUCACCAGCUUUAAUAACAACAACUCCCGGAAGAUGGCGGGUCUCGCCGCUACAGCAACAGCAGCAGCAGCGGCAGCUAAGAAAAAGAUCAUCCCAACCGAUAUUGCUUACGUUUGCAGUGUCUGUGAACAGGAGUUCGAUGAGCGCGAGCAGCUCAAAAAGCACCAAAAGCGCCAACAUCGCAGGCUGAAGGUAGAUAUUGUGACCACCGAAGCGUCAUGCAACGGAAGUGGCGCGGAAGUUCCGAGAAACCUUGAACCGCCACCCCUUACGGCAAUGCCCGGGCUGGAGCUGAAGCUGAUGAAUGGUUCCAUGAAAGGGCACAGUUUUGCAACAUACCAAACCCCCGAUAAAAUGGAUGACGAUUUGAUGAUCAUUGAUUCCGAGGACGAAACCAAACCAAACGAUAGCAAAACCUUGCUAUCGUCCGCUGCAAGCGGCUCGGCGGAAGGACAGAAUGCCACUUCCACCCCCAGUUCGCAGAUUCGAUGUGAACUGUGCCAUAAAACCUUCACGUACAACUGCUACCUGACAAUGCAUAUGCGAAAAAACCACGACGAAUCGAAACCUUAUGGCUGCAAAGUGUGCCAUUAUCGGUUCGGCUACCGUGGAACCCUUUUGCGCCACCAGCUAAUUCACUCAUCGCAAAGUGUACGGCCAGGCGCUCACGGUUCGAUCAUAUUCAAGUGCCGGAUCUGCUCGGCCAAGUUUUUGGAACUGAUGCACUUGAACAAGCAUCUGAAAACUCACCGCCAACCGACGGAACCGCCUGUUGCGCAAUCCAGCGGCCAAGUGCAGCUCAUUCGAUGCAGCGAAUGUUCGCAGAUAUUCAGCGACCGUAUCCAGUUCGAGGAGCACGAGCAGAAAGAGCAUAAGCCGAAGUCUGAAAGAGGCACCCUCCGUCCAGCUACCACAUCCACGGCAGGCGAUCAUCGAUCCAGCAGCAGUGUGUCCCAGCGAAUGCAAGGAACUCCCUCGGCAUCAUCGUCCCCGUUCACUAGCGGCGUCAAGAACAAGCUGAAUUUCGAGCUAAAGGAUGAGCAAACCGACGAUUAUCUUACCGAUAUUUCCAUCAUCAAAAUGGAGCCAGCUGCUAACUAGAUUAAAAUAAGCGUUGUUCUUGGUUUGGAUCAUGAAAGGGUCGCGCAAUCUACAGACCUUUAGAGGCUCCAAACGUUUCAGUUACAAUAUAUGUACCGUUAACAGUGGAAUAAUUUAACGGGGUUGUAAUAAAUGGAACAAUUUUGGCGAUAUGUCAUCCCUUCCCGGAGUGCAAGCGCAUUCCAAUUUGGGAUUACCA